CGUGACUCAGAAGACAGCCAUAUUGGAAAAUAGAUUCAAUGCAGGGUGUGAUAUUCAAUGAAGAUUACUUAGACGAUACGUGCUCUUCUUAGCCUACUGGCUUAUAAAUGCAACAAUGAAUUGGGGAACAGAGUUAUGGGAUCAGUAUGACAUCGUAGCAGAUCACACCCAGAAAGGCAUAGACUUUUGCGAGCGGUACCAACACUUCCUUAAAGAGAGAUGUUCUAUAGAAUUUGAAUAUGCCAAUAAACUCAAAAAAUUAGUCAAGAAUUAUCAACCAAGGAAGAAAGAUGAAGAUGAAUAUCAGUACACGUGGGCGAACGGAUUCCAGGAUAUGAUCAAGGAACUGCAUGAUCUGGCCGGACAACAUGAAGUGAUCGCAGAAAACACACAAAGCUCCGUGAUGAAGGAGUUGACGGUUCUCAUCGCUGAACUCAAAGCCGACCGCAAAAAGUAUUUAUUAGAUGGAUCUAAAGUACAGGAGCAGUUGAAAGUAUCUAAGGCACAGCUAGAAAAGAGUAGAAGACAAUAUGAAAAGUCCUUUAAAGAAUCAGAAAAAGCGCUGGAGGCAUAUCGCAAGGCCGACGCAGACAUCAACCUAUCUCGUGCCGAGGUGGAAAAGCAAGCGAAAUAUAAACAGUAUCUUGAGGCGCAUAGAAACCAAAUGAUGUUGAAAGGUCAACAGUGUGAGAAGUGUAAAAACGAUUACGCCUCCCAGCUCCAGCAGACCAACACACAACAACGGGACCACUUCAGCGCACUCAUGCCACAAGUCUUUCAGCAACUGCAAACAAUGGAUGAGAACCGGAUCAAUCGACAGCAAGAGUAUUUUAAACAAUGUUCAAGCAUAGAGCGCAACGUGGUACCGAUCAUCAAUACGUGUAUAGACGGCAUGGAGAAAGCUGCGUCCUCUAUCGAUGCUAAACAAGAUUCCAAACUUGUGGUGGACAAAUACAAGUCCGGAUUCCCCAUGCCUGAUGACAUUCCGUUUGACGAUCUGAGCAGUAGCCCGUUCCCAGAGUCCAACAGUAACCACCACAAUACGCCUGUCGGCACCACCAAGUCCAACACCAUCUCUGGGCGCACCUCCAAAAACAAAACGAAACGCGGUGGCAUCAUGAACCUUUUUAGCGGUUCAAAGACCUCUGUAACAAAAAUAAUAGGUCUACUGACUGAUGACACAAAGGAAGAUUUUAGUGAUUUACCGCCAAACCAGAGAAGGAAAGCCCUGCAAAAAAAGAUUGAUGGCUUCAAGAAGGAUAUAGGUCGCGAAACUGCAGAAAGAGAAGGCAUGCUAAAGAUGAAGGAAGUAUAUGCCAAGAAUCCAGCUCUAGGUGACCCGGCCAUCUUGGACAAGAAGAUUGAAGAAAAUGCACAGAAAUUAGACAGUCUUAAUGCAGAACUUAGAAAAUUUCAGAAUUACCUGGCUGAUGCUGAAGGAAAGCAGCACAUCAGUGGCUCGGACGACUCAAUAUCUCAUAGUACCUCGGAGGGCAGUGUGCAAAACUCUAACGUGGUGUCGGCACCAGGCACGCCCCAGGCCCAGCAUGCAGUCUACGAGGUUUACGACCCACACAUCAGUGAUGAUGAGUUUGAUGAUUAUCCUGUUCCUCCCAGCUCCAUCCCAGAUGAGGACGCGAUGCCACAAUCUAUAGAGCAGGAACAAGUUGAACAGAUAGAGCAGGAGGAAUUUGAGGAGGACGCCUUCCAGGUGAUCGGCACGUGUCGGGCGGUGUACAAGUUUGAUGCUGAUAACGGGAGCUCUGUGUCGAUGGAGGAAAACGAGGAGAUGGCGGUGAUAGAAAUAGACCAGGGUGACGGCUGGACACGUGUACGUAGAAAGGAUGAUUCUGAAGGGUUCGUACCCACGUCCUAUAUACAGUGUCACUUCUACGAUCAAGACGAGGUUUGAGGCCCUAGCGACCAUCAGUCGGACAAAUGAAGUCUGGAAGGAUGUGGCCUCGAGCAAGGAGCUCUACUUCCCGACUUCUACAACCAGCAAUUUUAUCGUCUUGGCUAAAAUAGCCAGGAUUUCAUAUUAUAAGGCAUUGAAGCUACUACAAUCUGUAUGUUGGGACUAUAAUGCCACAAUUCAUGGGAUGUCAGUAACAAUGACCAUAGCCUAGCUGUAUUAGCGUGAUCCAGACCUGGUCAUAACCGUAAAGACUAGACAGGCCCUGUCAGAUAGCUUGGUCUUAAGCAGACACAGACCUGUGACCCAGUAUUAUAUAAUUUAGCUGCAGACUUGUGAGAACAUAGAUCAGCUUUUCGUGUCUGCAGGGAUGUAGCAGUUGGACAGUGAUAAGUAAUUUACAGGCUUGAUUGGCCCAAAAGACGAUUAUAAUUGGUGGACUGGGUGGGCCCUGACGGCGGAUCCUCGUUGGAUAAUAAACACUUGUGAAUAGCCUGUGAGCAGUCUAGGAAAGGGCCAGUGGACAGCAAUGAUUUGUUGAUUGCUUAAAGUGGCCAAGGAGAUGGUCACUGGACAAAAAUUACUUUUGAUGGCCUGUAGCGGCCAAGGAGAGGGUCAGUAAAAUUUCGCCACUAGAAAUGUUCAGUGGAAUUCACACCAAAGGGACAUAACCACUGGUUCUACUAACACAUGAAACAUUUUUUGCCAAACCAAAUAGUGAGAUAUACUAUUCAGGUUUAUAUAGCUGCCAGCUUUCGAUGUGUGUUCAUGUGUUGACGGAGAAGAAACAUUGUUUUCCCAGUAAAACCAUUACUCAAUACUGUAUAUAGUCCUGUGUAUUUUAAAACGUCCUGAAUUCACUUUUUGUUCAAUCAUUGCUGUGUCAUCGGAAUGGAUGAAAGAUGAUAAAGUCAUCAGAUUGGAUCGCUGAGUCAUCAGAAUGGAUGAGACUUACUGUUUAAUCAAAUGUUCGGAAUCUGUUAUACAGAUUUCUAUUAGAGAAGUUCUAUAUUCUUCUUCCUCCCAACACUAGCUUGUUUUCAGACAGAGCAAGUGAUUUCGGGUCACAUCGCUAUUUUUGUCAAACUGUGUGUAGCACAUUUCAUUUGAAAAGAGAUUUCAUAUCAGAUAUUGAUGACAGUGUUUUAAAGACCUUUUUGUUAAAUCGUUCAUUUUGGUCACUGUUUUUCCAACCAUUGAAAUUAAAUUCCGACAUACGUUGUAUUGAACAUGCGGUGUACUGCUUUAGAAUUAAUCCAUCUUAUGAUGUACAGUUCAACCUGGGGUAUCUGGACUAAAAUAAAUUAUCAUUCUGGGGAUAAAAUCAUCCACCAAAAUGUGUACAUUACUGUGGUUCCUCUGUAGGCUGUGUGCUGACCAAAGUUUUUUUUACACUUUUGAUAAAACAUUUCUUCAGUCAACAGAAAAUUAUUGCAUUUGUUUGCAACAUUUUACUACAUGUAUCAUGUAUUAUCUUCCUUUCUUCCUAUAACUCGCCCUUUUUUCAUAUCAAACUUCAAUUUUGAUUGAUUUGUGACUUUAUUUCUCGAUAGUUUCCUGUUUUCUGAUCCAGAGGCGGGAUUAUCAUUUGGACCAAGCUAUCAAUAAAAUUCUCAAUUGUCAAAAUCAGAUUGGCAACUGUUUCAUCCAAAAUGUAAAAUGAAACUUAUUUUUGCAAAAGUCACCUCUAUACGUGAUAAAGUGAAUGUAUUGGAGAAAGCCAAAUAUGUAGCUUUUCAGAGGACUGUUUUAAUUUUGACAAUUCAAGGGAAGCACAUUCUGAGGUAGAGGUAUAGACCCAGCACUGGUGAUCCCUUCACAAUCAUAACUUGUUCUAGGGCUCUUCUCAAGUGGAGUUAUCUCCCUUCGAAGAUACUGAUUCACAUAUUUUGAAAUCUCUUAGAUAAUUUCACAAUCAAUGACGAUAUUACUCAUGAAAAUGCAUUUAAUCAGUUUCAGAUGUGUUUCUUGUUUUAACAGUCUUUUUGAAGAGAUUUUUACCCAAUUAUAAUACAGUAUAGUCUGGAAUAACAUUUUAUCAAACCAAUUACUCAUUUAAUAACAUAUUUAGUUAAGUUUUAGUCCAUUUUUUUCUCCAAACUAACUACAAAGUGUCGUCCCCUGCUUGUAGUUAUGGUGGUCAUUCCAAUUCCCAUAAAUUAUGUCCAAAGAAAUAAUGAGAAAAAGCAUGAAUUGUGAUUUUGCCCUGAUGCUGAUUAAGAUGAAGUUUGAAGAUGUUGUAUAGAGUGAUAUACAGCUUAAUCACACACUGAGAUCAAAUUAAAAUAUCUGGUAUUGCAUAAAUCAUUAAACGUGAAUCUUGCAACCUAAUUGUUCUGAAACAUAAAUGAUCAUCUCGAAAGAUUGUAAAGCUGAUUCACUAUGUUUAAAAUGUUAAUUUUUAGACAAAUAUCAUUUUGAAAAAUGAACUUUACGUAAAGAUACGAGAACGUGUUACAUUUAGUUAAGUAUACAAUGUAUAUUUAACAAACUAAUAACAUUGGUUCGGAAGAACUAGGAUUACAGUAUAUAAUAUGUUAUUGAUCUACUAUAAGAGGAUACAAAAGGAUCUUGAUGUUUAAACAUGUUAAAUGGCAUGGCCAUACACAGGGACUUGUGUGGAUAAUUAUUAUAAUUAAUAUGUGAAACUCAGUAUUACAACUAUAUAUAUAUAUAUAUAACUGUAAAUUUCACACGCUGAACGUAUUUAUGACACAUUUCCACAAAUCAAUUGACAAGUAGUGUUGUAAAUAAUACUUUGUCAGAUAACGGCUGGUGCCUAUUACAACAGACUAACUAGGAACCAGAAUUUAUAUCACGAAUUCAUUGGAAAGGAUUUUAAUGUGAACAUUUAUGUACGUCUGUAUGUUCCCUUCAGACACUUGUCUUUGAUCGUAACAUGCAUCAAUUUUACCUUCAUUAUUUACGAACAUUUUACAAUUUUCCAUUGAUGAAUCAUCUAUAAUACCGCCUCCAGAUACUUUACAAUCACAAAGAUUAUUUUAAAGUCGCAUGGCAUCACAAUCGAGGCUCAGUUUCUGUUUUUUUAAGUCGUGUACACAUAGGGAUAAAUCUGCCUUGUCUUGGUGAGUGUUGGCUUCAAGUGGUCUAUAUAAAUUAGUGUUAAAUUAUUGUAACAAGUUAUUUCAAAUCAUGCAUCGUUAUAAUGACAUUGAGUAUAUAUACAGGUAUUUUUAGCUACUAAUUAACAAUCUAAUCUAUUCUGAGUGGUCUGCAACUUUACCAUUUCAAUAUAGAAAUGCCUACUGUAAUUUGAGAUAUGACUUGCAUUACACGUCACAAAAGCAAUGGUUUUUCUCUACCCAGGCUCAACCUUACAAUCAAUUCCUUCAGUGUUAAUGCCAGUUAUACAUCACUACUCAAUUACGAAUCAUACUUGUGCACUGUGUGUUGGUAUAAAAUGUUUUAAAUACUGUAGUUUGUUUUAAAAAGCUUUUAAUCAUAGUUUUUCUCCUGGUACAGACAUGUCCUUGUUCACAGUUUUGGUACUUACUGAACAGUACUGGAAGAUGUCUGGAUAGGACGGACAAACAUUUUAAUACCUCAAAACAUUCUAGAAUAGUAUACCGGUAUAUAAAAAAAACAACGUUUUAUGUCAUCGUUCAUUAGCUGACUUCCACUUAUAAUGAAGCUAAUGUUUCAUUGCUAGGUACUUUUGCAAGUCUAAACCUCACAAUCAAGGCUAAUGAUAUUUGUCUAAUGUAAGGACAUUAGCGUUUUUCCAAAAAAGUUCUAGUCAUGGAAAAUUAUUUUUUUCAAAUCCUUUAUUCCGUUUGGACAAUAAUUCAUCACAUCUGAAUUGAUGCACAAACAUUGAUGUCAUAAUAAUGCUGAUUGGAAACUGCUAAUGAUAGUUAACGUUUACACACAGAUGUAUGUGUGACUGUAGCAUAUAACCUGAAUUUUACCAUCUGAAAUAAUCCUCUUGUGCUCUUAAGUUGAUAAUAGACUUGAAUACGGGACAAACAUUGAACAAGAGGCACAAUUUAAUGGACCAAAUUUCACUUGAAAGGCUAAAAUUUAGUAUAUUUAAACCUAGGGUACCGCGGUAUACCACAACAAUGUAUACUUACUGUAGGUUAAUAGUCAAUCACUUUGUGUAGAGAAGGACAUUUGAUGAACUAGCAUGAUUUUAUUUUGAAAGUCUAUUAUUAAGCUGAUUAAUUGUAUGAUGUAGGUGGGAAAAGUGCCUUUAGGGAUUUUUAAUUAAUGUCUGUAGCUUAAUCAUAACUCAAAUGUAGCUUUUCUCAUUAGUCAAAUAUGGCCCUUAUCAUCAGUUAAAUUAAAUGUAAUCCCUUUUCAUUGGUCAAAUUUAGCCCUACUCAUCAGUCAAAUAUAAUCCCUUUUCAUUGGUCAAAUUUAGCCCUACCCAUCAGUCAAAUAUAAUCCUUUUUCAAAGGUCAGAUUUUUUUAGUCCUUCUUAUCAAUCAAAUGUAGCCCUUUUCAUCACUCAAAUGAAGCCAUUUUCAUCAUUCAAUUGUGGCCCUUUUCAUCAGUCGUGCAAUAAUUUCAUAUAUACCUAAUCACGUAUUCCAAGAGAGUUUGUACUAUUUCAGUGUGAUUUCAUGUGUGUACCACAGCCAUUCAUACAAACCAUCGGUAAUGUAGACCACCUUCAGUAUAAUUGUCCUAUUAGUCUGGAUAAUGUUAGGAUCUGUUAACUGAUUAUAUGGUACAGCUAUUAGUAUACAAAAUCGUAAUGUGGUCUGGUAAAAAUGAACUCCCUGAAUUCCCUCAAUGUGUUUAUAUGAUUCUCACACUCUUUUACAGUAAGUUGUAAUUCCGUAAGGUAUAUUCGUUAGAAACCAAGUAUAGUAAAGUGUUUUUCCUUCAUAUUUGAAUUAAUUUCACUCCAUGUUAGUUGUUUGGUGAUGAUAUUGUGAGUAGUUAAAUCAGGGCAUGUUAUAUAGGUAUACUUGUAUUGAAGGUACCUACGAUACAUGUAUGUACCACGUUUCGGAUUUGGGAGAUUUUGUAACUAGGCUGUAAGCAGGAAUCUAGCAGACCAAAGCCAAGCACAGAAAUAUUCCAUCAUCUUUUCACAGUUAUUGAAAUUUAUUACCAAACUGUACUCAUCUCAAAUCAAAAUGUUCAGGAGUUUCUUUCGACAUGACAGUGUUACAAAUUGCAAGGUACAGUGUAGUCUGGAACAUUGGAGUUAAUUGGAAAUGUCCUGUUAAGCUUGCCAUGAACAUCUUAUGUAUACUAGUUCUAUAGUAUAAAAACUCGCCUUACAAUGUUUAAUCUAUAACAUGUAUUUUAUAACGUCAGAGUCUAAAAGCAUUAUGGACAGAGAACUAGUUUAUCCUUAUAAUUAUCCACUAAUCAAAGUAUGCUAAACAGAGUUGAUGUUGACACCAAGCCCAUAUCAAACAGAUUGCCGGGUUUUUAUAGGGAAACGUCUCGGAUCAAAUCAUAUGCUUAAUUGCUAGGAUGAUGUACCAAAGGUAUAUAUGGUUGAUUCAUUGAAACAAUUCCUCGUUAAUGAAAUGAUUGAUCAAAUGUUUGGACUUGGGAAGGAUGGCUAACCAUAAGUCUGUUUUUAACGUCCCUCGAUGUACAGACAUUCUCCAGUUCAAAUGAUGCGUCUUUGUUUGGUCAGAACUCUACCUGGACUGUUCAUGUUGUAUGUUGGCAAGGUAAUAGCCUGUUAUUUGAACUGGAGAUCUUUACAUCACAGGACCCAAAAUACAGGUUAUUUGGAUUUUAUACAUGAGAGUACUAGUGUAUCCAAUGUAUAUAUAUACUUUUACCUUUUUUAUGAUCGGUGGACCAAUGUUUCAACACUGCUAAGGAUAGUCAACAAUGUUCGGGGAUAGUAUUAAAUAUGAUAUUGACAUGUGGAGUAAGAUAUCCAGGUUUUACCUGCAUGUCCUCUCUAUACACUGGAACUACUGUACUGCUGGAAUACUCAUGUCUAUAGUGUCAAUUAUAACCACGCCUAUAUCUAUCAGCCACCUUUUACAGUGUACACUUAGUUAUAAUUUUAGAAGUGUCCCUUGAUGCACUGCCAAAUGGACAAAUCUUAACCAGCAUGUCCUGUAGAUCUAUGUACACAUGGGUGAAUAGACCUCCUGCGAAAAGCACAUCUCCUAUUGUUUCUCAAAAAUUAUACAACCAAACAUCUCAAAGUUCCAAAAGGCAUUGAUUUUUGCUGGUUCAUUAAACGCCACAUCAAGACCAGAUGAAAGCAUAUUGACACAAGAACAAACCACAUGCAGGUGCAUAAAUUCUUUUGAAAUUUUUCGGAUUGUAGACAAAUUACAAUAACGACAGACAAUUGCAUUGCAUCAAGGAGAGCUUCAAACGUAAAGAAAUUCCCGGUAGGCUUGGUAGAUAGGUUUCUCUGUAGUGUAUAAAUAAAAUCCUUCAAGAAAUUGACUCUGUCCCUCAUUUUCUCUUAUGAUAUUUGACUAAGUUGUACACUUAAUUUUAAUCACUGUAUAUAAACUUGUUGUAAAUUCGUGUACAUUUUUUUACCAGAUUGUAGAUUAUGGGGCAGUCUAUCGUAUCAAAUUAGUGUAUAGUGCUUAGAUGUAUUGCCGGCAUGGUAGUAGAUAUACCUAGUAUAUAAAUAUAUAUAUAUAUAUAUAAACGUGUAGUCGAGAACGUAGACCUACUAGAAUGCAAUAUAUUAUUAUUAUUAAUCUAUUAUGCUCAUGUUCAAUGGCUGGUACUCAUGUGAUGUUAACCAUUUUGUUUUGUUAACACAUUAUUUCAUCAACAAAUCUUAUUAGUCGAUGUCGACACAAUUUAGUCAUGUGAUUUUAUAUGAUGCUUGUUUUAUUGAUUUGGAAUGUUUGAGCUUGUUUUUGGAGAGUUGUCUGAGAAUUGAUGUUGGGUAAGGUGAGUAUGUGGGUGAGGAACGUCUGUGCUGUAAGCAACAAAACAUUGAUUGGAUUCCAGUAGCUAUGAUCCCAUUCACCUUUCCUGAACGAUAGUUUAUUGUUUUUCCUUAACUCAUAUGCAUUCACCCCUGACGGCACAUUUGAACUCUUCCAAUUCAAAGUUUGGAAUAGUUCAUUAUGAAAUUUCAGGUGUGAAUGAGUAAUAGGAAGAACAUACUAUCAUUUGGGGUAGCUAACAGAUUAAUACAGUAAUAUAAAACAUAUUUUGUUUCGGAGACCUACUAUAAUUUGCCUAUAGAUAUAUCGACAAAUAUGCAUUGUUACAUGUUUUGGAAGUAGACACCAUUGUCCAGGCAUGUUUCACAAAACAAUGUCUGAAUGUAUCGCUGUUUUUCUUGUUGGUUCAGAAUCAUGUUUUUGGCAUUGUAUGAUAUAGGUUCAGUGUUUAUUGGCCAUUGUUGUGCAUAGAAGAAAGAAAUAGAACGUUAAUUUGUCAGCCAUUAGCUUAUCAAACUUUUUGAAUCAAGCUCCGUUAGAACUCCCAAUCUUAUUACCAUCAUAAAAGUUUUGUUACCCAAUAAUUAACAUGAAGUUUGUUGUGUUCAUAAGAUUAAUAUCAGGCCUCCGUUGAAAAUUAACUGCUGUCGAGAAAUCUUUGCUAGUUUUUCAGAAAUAGGUAACUGGAAUCAUAGCUGUUAUUUGAUUUGUGAUUGUGAUAUUAUAAGGAUUGUACAACAGAAUGAGAGAAAGUUUCAAUAGAUUUGUGUUGCUACGAAUGGCCUGUUGAUUGGUCAGUAGAGCGUGGGGAGAAAUGUGUGAAAUGUGUUUCUGUGUGAAAUAGUGAGUGUUUCUGUGUGAGAUAGUGAGUUUUCUGUGUGAGAUAGUGAGUUUUCUGUGUGAGAUAGUGAGUGUUUCUGUGUGAGAUAGUGAGCGACUCAUUCGCUGUCCUGUCAGCAUUUUGAUAUUCUAUUCAAUAGCACGUACUUAAUGUAUGAAUGUUGCCUAUUUAAAUCAGUGUUUGUAUUUUAACGUGUAACUUUGGUGAUUGUGGCGAUGUUAAAUGUUCAGCUAUACAGCCUACAUUUGUUUUUCAACUGUUACUACUAGAAUAACCCUACAUGUACCCGUGUAGUAUCUUAUCUCUCCUUAACAUUGUGUACGCUUUUCAUGUGAUUGUGUCUCUCCUUGUGAUAAAAUAUCAUCUACCCUGUCCCUCUUAUUCAUCUAUUAUAUGUUAAUGAGAUAAUCAUGAUUAUAUUCAGCUGAUUAAUUUUUACAAAGAUACCAGUUUUACAGAAAGAUAUUGCAUUGUAUCACAAUUGUUCAUAUAUAUUCAUCCGUACAUAAGCCAGGAAGAAUUGAGAUGAGUGGUUGACGCACUGCCUUCAAUGUGUGUCACAGAUCAUGCAAGUGGAUAAUACAACAGAGGCGUGCUUUACAAACCUGACAUUAGAGAAACACUGGUUUGUUUACACCAGUUGUUGUGAACGUUUGGUAACCACAACUGCGUUUACUUCAGUAUUGGACGGCUUUGUUGGGUGUGUUUACAUCAAAAUUGGUCUGCCAUGUUGGGUGUGUUCACUUUCAGCGUUGGUCGGCCGUGUUGGGAGUGUUCACUUCCAGCGUUCGUCGGCCGUGUUGAGUGUGUUCACUUUCAGCGUUGGUCGACCACGUUGGGUGUGUUCACUUUCAGUUUUGGUCGGCCAGGUUGGGAGUGUUCACUCUCAGCGUUGGUCGUCGUCUAUGUUGGGUGUGUUCACUUUCAGUGUUGGUCGGCCACGUUGAGUGUGUUUAAUGCAAAGUUGACCAGCUACACAGUGUGUUCCGAGCAAUGUCGAUCGGUAAGAUGGAGUUGUUCAUUUUAAGUUUGGAUUGAAAGCCAAUGGUGAAUGUGCUUACUUCAAUAUUGGUGACUAACGCUGGCUUUUCUGAACUCAUGUUGCAAGGCUUCAUUGAGCUUGUUACAUAAAUGUCAGUAGCAAACAAGUUGUUUGUAAGUAACGUUUAGUUUGUUCUGUUAAUUGUUGGCAGCGCUCAGCUUGUUCACUCCAAUGCUGAUCGGCAACGCUGAAUUUGUUCACACCGAUGCCUAGACUCGGCGCGCUAUCUUAGCGUGAUGUUAUAGAAGCGAAAUGCUUCUCUCUUCCUUACAAUAAUUGGGGUCGUGCCAAACAGAGACAUUCACUUCUUGUAUUUAUUUCAUAACAUUUAUAUUACAUGCCCUUAUUAAACUCCAAAUUUGCAAUGCAAAUGGUACAGUUUGAAUGUAAAGAUAAUAAAAGUCAUUCUGCUA